CGUGUGUAUAUACGAGCCAUGUGUAUACGUGUUGGGUCAUUUUGGAGUAGAAUAUUCUUUUCAUAGGAGACCAGUUAUUCAUGAUUAAAAUUAAGUACUACUGAACGAAUUUUCAGUAUUCCUGGCAGUGAUUUCAAUUAUUUUAUUUAUAUUGGUGUUAUUUGUGGUAAAUUAUAUAGAUAAAAUGAGUUCUUGCGAACUGAAAAGUAUCGGCUGGAAAACAAAUAAAUGUCGCAGUAGUGAAGUUGCAGAAGUAACAGUACCGAAUACGACGGAUUUCAUUUACAUAACACUGGCAAAGGAGAGUCCUAUUCGAGUGUUCGAAUCGGAUGAGGAUUUUUAUAACAGCAUCAAUGAACAAGAGACGGAUAUCUGCCAUGAUUCCAGCGAUUUAUCAGAUAGUGAUACUAACUCGCAAUGCUCAAGUAUAUCGCAGCAUUCACUGAAUAAUGAACCCGUGAAUACGAUUGCCACCAUGGAAGUUUUGGAAUAUGAAGUAGCAAGCGCAACCGAAUCGGAAAAUGAUUUUUCGAAUGUAUCGUCUAGUGGAACCGAUGAUUACGUUUUAGCAGCAUUUGCACAGGCUGUGGCAGACAAUUCUUCUGCUACUGAAUUUGCUAUACUUGCUGACACGGAAGAGUCGGACGAUCAGUCAUACGAUAGUGAUUUCGCUCCGGCAGACUACUGGAAGUGUGUCAAGUGUAACAAUAAGCAAAACAAUCCCAUGUAUCGUUACUGUGAGAGAUGCUAUCAGGUAUGUGUUGAAAGGUAA